AUGACGUCGUCGCACACCAUCCUUCUCAUUCAAACGUCGUCACGUCUCGACACGCGCACUUGGGCCGACUUUGAGAGUGUCACCGAUGCUCUCGAUUGUACGUUAAUUUUUUUUGGAACAAAAGGGACGGCUCAGGCUUUUUGAGGCCUGACUUUUGACCCACUUGCAGUAUUUCGAUCGGACCCAAACCUUGCAGGCUUUGCGAACUAGGACUGAACUAUCUUGGAGCCGAGUUUCAGACCGAUCGCAUCAUUUACACUCUUGAUAUAGUGCCUUGGGCCAAUUUCUUCUGCUAUACCCGAGAUGUACUGGUUUGAGGUCGGAAAUGCCGGGAUUUUGUGAUGUUUGCCGUCUUCUCCGCCUCAAGUCAGUAUAUCGGUCUGAAAUUCGGACCCAAGAUACUUAAAUUAAUAUUCAAUAAGCCUGCAAAGUCUGAGUCUGAUUGGAAAGACGAGAAAGUCGUUUUUUCUACGCGAAAUUUCACAAAACAUUGACGAAACAGCAAUUUUCAGCGCUCUGCAAAAUGUUCGAAGAGUUUUUGGCGAAAAAGACGAGCGGACCGGUGACCUAUGACGUGUCGCAAGUGUACGAGUUUCUCGACAAGAUGUCCGAUAUCUCGCUCAUGAUUUUCAAUCGGGUUUGUAAUUUUGCUGUUAACAUUCUAUAAUUUUCAAUUGUUUAGGAGACCGGCCAGUACAUUGGACGUACUCGUGCGUGGAUCAAGCAGCAAGUGUACGAGAUGAUGCGUGGACGCUGCAGACAUCCGGAAGGUGGCGAGAAAGUGAUCGUAGGCUACUGA